CCGACUGCAAAGUGUUUUCUCCAUCCGAUCCUCCAUUAAAUCCUGAUUAUUAUGGAUUUGUCUUUUUCCAACCUGUGAUUUGCGAAGACGAGGAACUACUAAUGGUUGUCGGGGUGCGGAUCUGACACUGGGCUUGUUACUUGACAACCAGUGGUGGAAAUAUUGCAAUGUCUACAGGGAGCAGUCGAGUAAUUUUAUCUAGAACAAGUCUCUAGGUUCAGCUUUUAGCCAAAUCCUAACAGGAGUCACUAUUGUGAGAUGCGAUAAACAGGGCUUAUAUUUUUACUUUCUAUUAGGGAAACAACAUUUGAUGCAACUUGGAACGGAACUCACAGUAUAUAGGGUUCGUUCCAAUCGCUGUAAUAAACAGACACACUGUACAGCUCAUUUCUGGCUUGUUCGUCAAUGCAGCUGCGACCUGCUCGGACUCCUACUCUCUCCACUACUUGCAGAGGAAAGGGGGUUCGCGGAUGAGGCUCGGGGCUCCCAGCGGCGUCACGCUGCGCCGAUCAUUGUCUCUCUCACACUUUAUAACUAGCCAGUUCACAACAUCCAGACACCGGAUCGGGACAUAAGCAGCGGCGGCGGCGGCGGCGGCAGCAGCACUGCCCCCGGGGUUUUCCUCCCGUACGACGACUAUAACUAACAAUUUGGAUUUACCGCCCGGAUGACAGCAAUUACUGGACUUCAUCUAUCAUAAUGCCUCCUUUCCGAUCGAUUGAUGGGCAGACGAGUUAAGCGAUGGCUCGAGAGAUCUUAGUCCGCCGGGCGCGAGAAGUGGCCGCUUCAAUGAACUAGAGCAGCUGAACGCACUUUCGUUUCGCCGCAGAGCAGACUUGGGGGACGUGAUCGGCGGACACCAUGCACACAUUGGCGGAAUUCACGCUCAGAAAGCCGCUGGGUGCGUUGGAUUUCGGAUUACUGUGACACGCGCGAGACGUGCUCGGACCGGGGUUGGAGAUUUUUCAGGAGUCCGUUUCCUCUCGUCCUCCGGGUUCCUGCAGAACUCCAGAGUCGCAGAAAGAGCCCAUGCAGUCGCCAAGGGAGAGGAGCGAAGUGCGACCCCGAGCUGGAUGGAUGGUUAUGGGGGAAAGAGGAAGACCCUCGGCGCUUGAAGUGUGCAGAGUCCUCGCCGUGUUCCUCUCGCUCUUCCCGUGCGUGAGUCUGCAGUGCAAGAUCCUCAAGUGUAACUCCGAGUUCUGGGCCUCCACGUCGAACUCCGGACCGGAGGAGGAGUUCUGCACGGCGCUGCGCGCGUACAACAGCUGCGUGCGCCGCACCGCGCGCACCUGCAGGGGGGACCUGGCGUACCACUCGGCCCAGCAUGGCAUAGAGGACCUGAUGAGCCAGCACAACUGCUCCAAGGAAGGGCCCACGUCCCAGCCCCGCGCCCGCGUCCCGCUGCCUCCCCCGCCCCCGCCGCUCCCACCUGACAGCCAGGAACGCUCCGACGGGCCCGAAGUAUGUCACUACGAGCGCAGUCUCCCACGCAACACGUCCCCGCCCAACUACACCCACUGUGGCUUCUUCGGGGACCCGCACCUCCGAACCUUUAGCGAUGAAUUCCAGACGUGUAAGGUGGAAGGAGCCUGGCCGCUCAUCCACAACAAGUACCUGUCAGUCCAGGUGACCAACACUCCUGUCGUGCCGGGGUCUCUGGCCACUGCCACAACCAAGCUGACAAUCAUCUUCAAGAAUUUCCAGGAAUGCGUGGACCAGAAGAUGUACCACGCUGAGACCGACGAGCUGCCAGCUGCGUUCGCGGACGGCUCCAAGAACGGAGGGGAGCGUCAUGGGGCGAACACCCUGCGCGUGGUGGAGAAGGUUCCCGGGCAGCACGUGGAGAUUCAGGCCCGGUACAUCGGCACGACCAUAGUGGUUCGGCAAGUGGGCCGCUACCUGACCUUUGCCGUGCGCAUGCCGGAGGAAGUCGUCCACUCCGUGGAGGAGGGAGACAACCAGGACCUGUACCUGUGCCUCCACGGCUGCCCUGCCAACCAGCGGAUCGACUUUAGGAACUUUAGGGCUCGAGCGACAGAGGCUCACAGCGUCGCCAGGACCAGGAGCAGCAGCAGCAGCGGCAGCAGCGGCAGCAGCAGCGGGGGGCACGGCUUCACCUACCAGUCUGCAGAGGCCAUAUGCAGAGAGAGGCUCCCAGUGGAGGACCUGUAUUUUGAGUCGUGUGUGUUCGACCUGAUCUCGUCUGGAGACAUUAACUUCACCAUGGCAGCCUACUAUGCCUUUGAGGAUGUAAAGAUGCUCCACUCAAACAGCAACAGGUACCACAUCUACGAAAGGGAUGCUUUUAGUGCAGCGCAGGGGGGCAAGGACUCACUGUCUCUCCUCCUCCUCAACCUCUUCGCUCUCGUACUGUGGAUUGGGUGUUGCACAGGUCAUCUAUAGGUGCUCUACAACAGCAGCCUCUCAGUGUAUCUGCCAGUGAGUAUUGGUACCAUCGCUGUAUCGCACAUCGGCUCCUCUGCUCUCGUCUUGUGAUGUGGCUGGUGACCGGGACCGCCACGGCCCUCCGUCUCGUUUUAGUAGUGUUUCAGUGUCUUUAGUCUAAUGACUGAGUGAGUUCACUCACCUAUCAUCACGCCUAUUUAGCUGGUUCGUGCGACUGGUCUUUGAAGAGCGCAGCGGUGAGAGAGCCCAGCUACCCCAGAGCUCAGGGUAUCCACCUGGGAUUAAAUCCCACAUUCUCACCGUGGCCGUAUGCCUAUGGGAAGCCGGACAAGAUGAUCUUUUGCAGAAAGAGGAGUUUGCUGAUCCUCCCGCCCCUGAUCCCCUCAUUGGUGCCAAGCCAAUGAAGCUCUCUGUGGCUCAUGUGGCAAAGCAAGAGGACCUGACAGGGGCUUUUGUUAACCUAAGGCCAGAAGCAGCUUUAUGUUUGAUUAGUUUCCAGCUUUGGAAAAGCCUGAGCCUUCUGGAGGAAGCACUCAGCCAAAAGGACGUCAGAGCAGCGUCUCCAGUUGUCUGCAGUGGAGAUUAAUGGGUCAUAUUGUUAGGUUUUGUGUGCGUGCGUGUGUGUUUGUGUGUAAGGGAGUACAAUAUGUGUGCAGAAUUCUGUCUGUGGUUAAUUUUGUAUGUUUGCGGGUGCAGGACUUCCCAGAAAGUGAGAUAACAAAACUCCAGUGGGAGAGAAUGUUUCCAAUGUCUUUAUGUUGUGCCCAAUAGUUCAUAAAUGGAAAAGUCAAGACGCUUCUCAGUCUCAUCAGAUGGACUCGAUCAGCCAAGUAGCAACUCCCAAAAGGGACCUGGCGAAAAAAACUCAUCAACAUCUGUACAUGGUUUUCAGUCUCUCUUCCUGUAUUGUUUGAGCUGACUUGUUGAUCACGUAGUGUUAGUAUUUUAGGUCUGUAAUGUGAAUGUAGCAAGGAAGCAAAACGACAGACUUGGGCACGCGAGCAUUUACAGAAUGUAGAUAGACAGAACUGUGGCACCUCUAUGGAGAACUCUGUGAAUUUAAAUAAUGUGUCCGUGGUGUAGAUACUGUUAGUACAAGCUAUCACAUCUAGUGAGUUUAGCGUUUUCUAGACUACCCGUGUGCUGACCCGACUCUGGCUUAGUGACUAAAUGAUAAGCAUAUGUCUGUGGACGUGAUUUCAUGGCUUAACUCAUUGCCAAAGAACAAGCCCUUGUGCCAACAGUUUCCCCCAGCAGCUGAAUUUUCAUCGCUCGGCCCUAAACACGUCACAUUAGGGGGAUUCGUAAUUGUAACUCGUGUCUGUGGGUGAGUUUGCGGCGCGGCGAUAAACUACAGUAACACACUGUAAAAGCAGCGUUUGUCUCUGUUUUCGCAGACUCACCGUUGCUUCUCUUGUGUUUCUUGAUAACAGUCUUCACUACAGGAGGUUUCCAUUUGAACUCUGGCUCUCAGCUGUAGGACCUGGUACCGUGUAGGUCUUUCCCUAGAUACUGUUACUACACGGGCUCGGUUUUACAGUCAUUUAUCCUUUACACUGAAGUAUUUGGCAGGCCUUACUACUGCUAUUUGGAAUAUGUAUUGGUGCCGUUUGACAACAAAAAAAAUCAUACAAAUGAUUGUAAUGUUGAAUCUUGUGUUAAUAGUUGUAAUUGUGACUUUUCCAGUAUAAUGGUUCUACGUGUGUUAUGUGAGAUUGUGUUUUGUGAGUUGCUGAGUUGUAUAUUACCAGUUGUGUUUAAAAUUUAUCACUCCAGUUUUUGUACAUCAAAUGUUUUGGUGAAUGUGAAAGUUUUUUUUUUUAAUGUUUUAUUUGAAAAGGGAUUUUUGCAAAAACAUGAAAAGCACAGAGCAAAAUUUUCCAACACGGCAUAAACAGUCUUUGUGGAGAUGUUGGUUUUCAUCACUUGUUGCUUACUUGGUUGAACCCUUCACAACACAACCCACCUUCUAAACAAAAGGGAAUGUAGGAACGUUUUCUGGGGUGUUCAUGUUUUUGAGUUUGAAGCACUUUAUGUUUAUUUCAUUUAGCUCUUAUUUUGUUUGAAAGUUCGUGUCAGGCUUGUAAAGGAUAAAAAGCAUAAAAAAUAGCCGACUAGGAAAUGCCAGAAAGAUCAAACUUUGUUUGUAUGUAAAGCAAAUGUGUUACCACAUGCCAGCUGUUUAUAAUGUAAAUUAUUUAUUGAAUAAAAGAAAAUGUCUUGUUAA